GCAGCUGCGCGGCCGCGGGCAGGCGGUGGGCAUGGCGGUGCGGGUGUUACUGGCGCUCUGCGGGGUGGUGGCUGCCUGCCGGGCGGCGGCAGUGGCGGAGCCCGGGGCUGGGGUCGCCAGUCGGCGGCGGCGACUGAGCUCCGAGGAGGGCAUCUCCUUCGAGUACCACCGCUACGCCGAGCUGCGGGAGGCGCUGGUGGCCGUCUGGCUGCAGUGCCCGGCCAUCAGCAGGAUCUACACCGUGGGUCGCAGCGCCGAGGGCCGAGAGCUGCUGGUCAUCGAGGUCUCCGACCGCCCCGGCGAGCAUGAGCCCGGAGAACCAGAAUUUAAGUAUGUUGGGAAUAUGCAUGGGAAUGAAGCUGUUGGAAGGGAGUUGCUCAUCUUCUUGGCUCAGUAUUUGUGUAAUGAAUACCAGGAAGGAAAUGAAACUAUUAUCAACUUGAUCCAUAGCACACGUAUCCAUAUCAUGCCAUCUUUGAACCCGGAUGGCUUUGAGAAGGCAGCAUCCCAGCCCGGUGAACUCAAAGACUGGUUUGUUGGUCGCAGUAAUGCUCAAGGGAUAGAUCUAAACCGAAAUUUCCCUGAUCUUGAUAGAAUAGUCUAUGUUAAUGAGAAAGAAGGUGGCCCAAACAACCAUCUCCUGAAAAACAUGAAAAAAGCUGUGGACCAGAAUCCUAAGCUUGCUCCUGAAACAAAAGGUGUCAUUCACUGGAUUAUGGAUAUUCCCUUUGUGCUCUCAGCCAAUCUUCAUGGAGGAGACCUUGUUGCAAACUAUCCUUAUGAUGAGACUCGAAGUGGCAGUGCUCAUGAAUACAGCUCCUGUCCUGAUGAUGCUAUUUUUCAAAGCCUGGCUCGCAGUUACUCUUCUUUUAAUCCUGCUAUGUCUGACCCAAACAGACCACCCUGUCGUAAAAAUGAUGAUGACAGCAGCUUUGUGGAUGGAACAACUAAUGGUGGCGCAUGGUACAGUGUCCCAGGAGGAAUGCAGGAUUUCAAUUAUCUCAGUAGCAACUGCUUUGAAAUCACAGUGGAGCUUAGCUGUGAAAAAUUCCCACCUGAAGAAACUCUGAAGGGCUACUGGGAGGACAACAAGCACUCCCUUAUCAAUUACAUCGAGCAGAUUCAUCGAGGAGUGAAGGGCUUUGUUAAGGAUCUUCAGGGCAAUCCAAUAGCAAAUGCUACAAUUUCUGUGGAGGGGAUAAGCCAUGACAUUACAUCAGCCAAGGAUGGUGAUUACUGGAGAUUGCUUGUGCCUGGAAAUUACAAACUUACAGCCUCAGCACCAGGCUAUCUGGCCAUAACUAAAAAAGUGGCUGUACCCUUUAGCCCUGCGGUUGUGGUUGAUUUUGAACUGGAGUCACUGUCUGAAAGAAAAGAAGAGGAGAAAGAAGAGUUGAUGGAGUGGUGGAAGAUGAUGUCAGAAACACUAAAUUUUUAAAUGAAGAUUUUGGCUUUACAGCUUUUAAUCUAUUAUAUGUUGACUUAGUAUAAUGUACUGUGGAAAGUUCCUAUAUUCUAGAUUUUGUGCACUUCACAGCAAUUAACUUUCAUGUUUUCAGUCAUAUUUUGAUUAAUAUGAUUAUAAAUAACUACUAGCCUAUUAGCUAGAUAAACAAGUUAUUAACUUUCAUAUUGUUAUAGAAAAUUUGCUCUUCUAUACAAAUAAGAAAAAAUGAGUGAACAUCUCUACAGCCUGUAUAUGGCAGUACAAUCUAUUGUCUAUUAUUUGCAAGUUCAGAAUAUGUAGGUUAACUCUUGAUUUUAAAAAAUUGCUGUAGCCAAUUCCUAAUACUGCCAGAAACAUUUGACAGUGCAUAGCAGCAGACAGUGCUCUUUGCUGAGUUCCAUAAUGGAUGUUAUUGAAAAGAUUUAUAAUAACAGUGUGUGGUGUAAUAAUGUUUUACAAGGAUUAAAAUUCAGUAUAACAUUUUAUAUGUCUCUGGUGUUGGAGCUAUUUAAAUAUGUAAGAAACAUAAGCUGAGUUCAUUUUGGUAAGCAGGAGGAAUCUGCAUAAGCUAUUUUAUGAAAGAUAACAUGGAAUGAAUUCAGGAAAUAGCAGAGCUUUAUUUCUUAAACUGUUAAUGAUAUUUCAAGAUCAGGUUUUAAUUAGUUCGUAUUACUUACUAACUAAAUUAAAAAUUGUGAAUGGGUGAAGAAGAUGACCUUGUGCAUCUUGUUAAUAUGGUGCUUGUGUGUAUUUUACAGCUAGGAAAAAAAACCAAGUUUCAGGUGAUGUCUGCUUUAAUUAGAUAACUACCUUUUCAACAAUCUUCACAUGUCAGUGGUGUCUGGAUAAUCAGCCAAAUGCUCAUAUGUUCAACAAAAGCUUCCAAAGCUUUACAGUUUAGACAAUGAACUGGAAGUCUACCGAGGACAUGCAUUUAGGCUCACAAGCCAAGAAUUUUUGUUUCUUUUGCUGCUUAGUCUGACCUAAAGCUAGAAGCCAGACAGAUAGCGAAAAGUUUUUCAGUGUGGUGAAAUUUUCAAAAAAGACUUGAUAAAGAAACCCAACUUUGAUUAAAAAAGAUCCUUCUUCCUCCCAUGUUUUUUUUAGUAUACGUGAAUCAAUUUGCUUUAGUAAUUAGUUUAAGAGAGUGAAAUUUGCAGUCAGAGAAUAAACGUGAACCAUAGUGGGUGCAAGUUUGGUAUAAUUCUUCUGAAACUACUGCCUGUAUGCUACUUGAUAGCAGUUAAGCAUCUAAUCUGUUUGAAAGCUUACAUAGUAGUACUGGUCUAUUUAAUUCAAGAUCAGAUGUUCAAUACAGAUUUCCUCCCUCUGUUUCUUUAGUAUGACUGCCUGUGUUUUGAAUAGCAUAUUAUUUUAGUUGAUGCUGUAGGACAGAACCAACCAACAAUGCACUGUCAUCCUUCUGUCAUAAGUGAAAAAUCACAUGUUCAGGAGUAGGAUCCAAAUUUACCUCCUUUGGGUAUUUAAAAAUCUACUGAAUAUGUGUUGUUGUUUUUUUUUUGAGAAUUUGAAAUUCUUCAAUAAAAAUAGAUAUUCUUCAAUAAAAAUGAUCUUCUAAGGUGACAGGCUUCAGGUUUGACACACAUUGAUAAAUUGAAAAGCAACAAAAAGGCAUAAAAGCCUUCUCUGAUCAAGAAUUUGUUGUGUAACCUGUGGCUCAUUUGGAUAGUGGAUAUUUAAUUCCAAACUUCAGGGGAACUUCACUUGCUACAAGUUAUUAUGCAGUGAUGACCUUCGACUCUCUCUUGCGAUGAGUAACCCCUGUGGCAAACAAAGAAUCUUACCUGUACAUGCCUUGGUGACAACUCUGGCUAUAGCUGUGCACAAGAGCAUGCAUAAAGGGUGUUUGUGACAAUUUGAAAGGCUAAGACACAUAGCACAAAACACACCGUGAGUCUGGAAGUUACAAUACCAUUUUCAACUGAACCAGGUAAAAUCAAAGCACCAAUAUAAAAAUUAAUUGAAACUAGAGACUGCUGGCACGUGGGUAAAUGGCUACCAGAGUGUUUCUGACUUGUAAACUACUGUAAUAAAUCAAGUGUAUAUUUGAUCAGAACACCCUGCUCUGCCCCUUCCAAACCCAACAAUUUCAAUCUGAACAAUAUUACUACAUGGUGUGAUGCCUGUCAUGCAUCCGGUCUUCCUGUGUGGUGCAUAGUUAGUGCAGACAUUGCAUCAAAGUGAUCUCAUAACAGAUUUGUAAUCCUUUCUUGUAUUAUGUGUGCGAGAUCCUCUGGUCUGCUGUUUCAUGCUUUUGUAAUUAAAUGUAGUGUCCCUUAAAUUAUCUCUUUGUUUUGCUCUAGAUGACUGCUUGCUUUUAGUGUGCUGUGAAAAGGUUCAAGUAAUUAAAUGUUACAACACCAGAACCACUGCCACUCUUAUCGCUGUAGGUAAACAUCCUUAAGAACAGCAUAGCCAGGACUCUUAAUAAAAUUAAUUCAUUAUGUGGUUUUCCUAGCUGAACUGAGUUGUGUUGUAGGACUGUAUAUGUUUAAAUGGAAGAUUAAAGUGUUGUGUGAUGCUGAGCUUUUGGUUAAAAAGGCACAUGCCGUACUAUUGUACAAUAAAUCUACAGGUUUUAUUUAAACAUC